GGACUUACUAUGGAAUUCUUCCAGUCUUUUGGCAAACGACUCUGGGUAACGGAUAGAUUAAAUCAUGUACUUAAAGGGGUGCAUUGCUCCGUGGAUUUGACUAUAUCAAGCUUAUUCAGCAGACUAAAGGCAUCGCGCGUGAACUGAACAUUUGCAGUACAUAAUAAAAGUAGUUUUUUCAACAGUGUUGACCGAAUAGGAAAAGAGGGGAAUUAUUAGAUAUAUGCUCACAAAGGAAACCAACAGUCUUAGUUAACGAUGUCACGUCUGUCAGUUAACCACAAGUUAGAGACCAUUGUAUCAUUGGAUACGAAAACAAAAGAACUGAUUGUUGAAAUUGAAAACAUUAGUAAAGGAAUCAAUAAUACGAAAUCUUGUCGAGAAAAACUAGAUUGUUACCAAACUAGAAUUAGAGAGAAUCUCGUAACUAUUAAUUCGAUUUUGGAUGAAUUGCAAACGUUCGGACGUGGAACAAACAUUUCAUCUACAAACAGGACACUGUAUGAAGCAAUUGUUCAGAAUAAAAAACAACUCUUCACACUGCAGGAUCAAUAUCGUAAAGCUAUCUUUGCAGCCAAUUCAACUUUAGAAACUGUUGAAAAGGCUGAACUUACUAACCGUUCGUCAAGAACUGAAGUCGGUUACAAGAUUUCCAAUUUAGAAGAACAAUAUCAAAACUCAUUGGAACUUACUCAAGAUAUGACGAGGUAUGCUAGACUUCUAGCGGAAGAAGUUCAACGUGGAGCUGUUAAUGCUGAAUUACUUGAAAAUUCAUCAAAUAAAUUAAUCUCGAAUUAUUCUGAACUGAAAGAAAUGGCUGGACAUAUGAAUCAGUCGAAACAUUUAACAUCUUUAGCUCGCCGGCGUCGUUUUACAGAAAGAGUGCUUUUCUUUCUAGCAUUUUCAUUUUUCUUUUUAAGUUGUGGAACUAUAUUUUUACAUAGGAUACCUAUGGGACAUUGGUUUUUACCAUUUAGUUAUUAGUUUUCUAAUAAUUGUCUAGUUUUCUAUGGAAUUAUUUAUGCAUAAUUAAAUUGAGUUACUUGUACAUCUUCUUUGCGUUGUCCUUUACCUAUUACAUUAUUUCCUUAAUUCUGUUAUCUCGAUUCCUCUUCGACUUUUUUUCUAUACUCUUCAAUUCAAUCUCCUGCUACCAGGCAUUCCACUUCUGAUUGGGGAUACAUACUACUUAUAUCUGUCAGCCCAAGUAGCAUACACCAAAUGUAUAUUACUACAGAUUCAAUUUUUUAUGUAUAAAAACUACUGUUCGUCUUAAUUUCAAUGUAUAAAUUAAACUAAUAUUUCCGAAUGUUUGUUUUUGGUUAUUUUUGUAUAACUGUAUGAAACAAAUAUAUUAAUUUUUUCAUGUGGUAAGUUACCCAAAUUGAUUACCUUCUUAUCAGCCUCAGUUAGACAGAAAUUGAUUGUUCAACAGGUCGAUCAAUCUGUGCUAAUCUUUCCAGCUUGUUUUCUAGUGGUGAUCCCGCUUGUUCUUGAAUGUGUUCACUGAUGGGGCUGAUAACACUUGUUGAGGUAGGGCGUUCCAGUCAUUGACCAUUCGAUAAGAAAAAUGUAAUCCUACUCUGAGUUUAUUUGAUCGUAGUUUUUGAACCUUAUUGCGAUGGCCACUCAGAUGAUUAGUUCUGGGGGGGGUUGUUAAAUGAUAAGAUAUGUUAACACAUAAACCAUUAUUCAAGAUACGGAAUGUCAAUAUCAGGCUACCUCGCGUCCCACGAUAAGAUAAGGCGAAAAGGUUUAAGCUCUCAUUGUAGGGGAGUUUGGAAAGAUCCAUCGCUAACUUAUUUCCUGCACAUAACAUCCUAAGUAAAACAUGGAUUAACUGUUUGGAUGCAAUACUUUAGGUAAGGUUUUACAUGCAUGGAAGCUAUGUAUCGUUGACGGCAUACUGGUAACUAUUACCGUGUCUAAUGUACAUUAGCAUAUUCUCUGGAAAUAAUUUCCAAACUCCAAGUUCGUGACCGUCUAACUAAUUCGCCUGGAUUAGCUGG